GAUAGAAUGAAAAGUACAAUACGUUAUUAAAUGCCGAAGAUUCUUUUGGUUUUAGGAAACCAUGAAACCUUUGUCAGAGAGCAAAAAGCAAAAUAUCCCAAAGUUCUACAAGAAAAGAUGGAACUUACAAGAAAGAAGUUAAACGUUUUAAUCCCUAACUUCAUUUCUUUCCCAACUGUAUUGGAAAGAUGAUUCUUUAAUAUAAGUAUUUCACAUCAUUUCCGUCUUAUGAUCAUUCUCCAUCAGCAAUAGCAUAAGCUAUCUACAUAUCAUCUGUCCUUUUCCUGAAUUUGUUUUCUAAAGCAACAUGAAUAACGCAACAUCCACAGAUACAAAAUGGUUAUGUGAAAGUCCAAUCCAUUCUGAUGUAGAAGCCAAACUGAGGCGCCUCUUGAUUGAAUUAGCGAAUGCUGAUAGAAUACUUGGAAUCCAGGUUUGUGCUUACAAAGAUGGGAAAGUGAUAAUUGAUACUGCAGCUGGAGUCAUGGGAAAAGAGGACCCUCGUCCAGUUCAGCCUGAUACCUUAUUUCCAGUUUUCUCUGUAACUAAGGGAGUCACGGCUGGAAUGAUACAUUGGCUGGCUGAUAAGGGGAUACUGAAACUUGACGAUAAUAUCGCAAACUUUUGGCCUGAGUUUGCUGUAAAUGGAAAAGAUAAGAUAAAGGUUCAUCACGUACUUGAUCAUACAUCUGGCCUACACAAUGCUCUUGCUGGCAUUACUGAGGACCACGAGUCAUUUUGUGAUUGGGAUGAGUGUGUAAAACGCAUUGCGAUGGCCACACCCGAGACUGAGCCUGGUCGUGAACAGUUCUAUCAUUAUCUAUCAUAUGGUUGGCUAUGUGGUGGGAUCAUUGAGCAUGCAUCCGGGAAGAAGUUUAAGGAUGUUCUUGAGGAAGCUUUUGUACGCCCACUUAAUCUGGAGGGAGAGCUUUUUAUAGGGAUUCCUCCGAAUGUGGAAUCUCGUCUGGCAACUUCUUCGAUCGAUACAAGUGAAUUUAGUAACCCUCCUCCUCCAACCGCCGCAACCCCCGUCGAUAAACAACCUUACGCCGCCAUGCCUUCCUCCCUCGUGCCGGAGGUGCUUCCUGCCCUUGUUAACUUAUGCAACAUAGUUGAAGGCCGCCGUGCUAUAGUACCUGCUGCCAAUGGAAAUUGCUCGGCCCGUGCUUUGGCCCGCUACUAUGCCGCCCUUGUGGAUGGGGGCACCAUCCCUUCACCCCAUUCCUCAACCACCAACAGCCAUACAACCUCCGUGACUAAAAUCUUUAACAACCCUAAAUCGAAAAUUCAUGACGCGUUUUUGGGAACCGGAGAUUAUAAGGAUUUAGCCUUACCGGAUGGGAAAUUUGGGCUUGGGUUUAAGAGGAUUAAAUCAACCGAGGGUUUGAUGAUCGGGUUUGGUCAUGCAGGUUUAGGUGGUUCGACAGGAUAUGGUGACAUAAAUAAUCGGUUUUCUAUUUCUGUGACUGUAAACAAGAUGUCUUUCAUGGCUUUCACCACCGCGGAGGUAGUCCGGUUUGUUUGCUCGGAACUUGAUUUUCCCGUACCUGAAGAUUAUGCGGGAUCUAGGCAGUUUCAUGAGAAACCGGUAAUCAAUUAAACGGGGCUUCAUUGAUACAUGUUCAUGCAUAUAUGUACUUCGAAGAUAUUAUAUUAGAGAUGUCUACUCCAAAUGAUUUUUCUGGUUCCUCCUCAUCCAAUCAAAACUUCUCGUUGCUAAACAUUUGCUCAAGG